AUGUUGACUUUCCAUACUAACAAUCUUUUUUCUUUUCUUUUCCUUUCUUUUUCCUUCUGUCCCUUUCUUUUUCUUUUCUUUCUUUUCCUUCCUUUUUCUUCUUCUUUCUUUUUCUUUCCUUUAUUUUUCUUUUCCUCCUUUACCAUUUCUUCCUUUAAUUUCCGUCUUUUUUCUUUCUUUUCCUUUUUCCUUCUUUUUUCCUUUCAUUUCUUUUUCUACCUUUUUCUUUUCUUCCUUUUUCUUCCUUUUUCAUUUUAUUUCUUUUUUCUUUUCUUUCUUUUCCUUUCUUUUUCUUUCUUGUCCCUUUUUUCUUUUCUUUCUUUUCCUUUCUUUUUCUUUCUUGUCCCUUUCUUUUUCUUUUCUUUCUUUUCUUUCCUUUUUCUUUCUUGUUCCUUUCUUUUUCUUUUUCUUUUUCUUUCUUGUCCCUUUCUUUUUCCUUUCUUUUUCUUUUUCUUUCUUGUCCCUUCCUUUUUCCUUUUCUUUCUUUUUCCUUUCUUUUUCUUUUUUGUCCCUUUCUUUUGCCUUUCCUUUAUUUUUCUUUUCUUUCUUUUCCUUUCCCUUUCUUUCUUUUUCCUUUCUUUCUUUUUCCUUUCUUUUCUUUUUCUUUCUUUUCCUUUUUCCUUUCUUUUUCCAUUCCUUUCCUUUCUUCUACUUUUCCUUUCUUCUUCCUUUUCCCUUUCUUUUUCCUCUUCCCUUUCUUUUUCCUUCCCUUUCUUUCUUCUUUAUCCUUUUCUUCUUUAUCCUCUCUUAUUUCCCUUCGUCCUUCUCCUUUUUCUUUUUUUCUUUAUUAUUCAGCAUUUAUGCAAUGAAAAACUUUUCUGCAAUUGUGAAAACAGUCAGUUCCUGAGUUACCAUAUUUACCUAACGCAAGGCUGGAACGAAAACCAAGCAGGACACAUAAUGCUGCAUGCUGACGAUUCCUGCGAUCCGAUUACACGGUUACGACAAAAGACAUUUUUUGGGAGGCCGCGGUGGGAUCUUAUUUUCCGUGAUAUUAAACAAUCUCAUCAAGGAAAUGAUAUCGGGGUAUUCUUCUGUGGCCCGAAACCCUUGUCCAAGAUACUUCUGAAGACGUGCAACCAGUUCUCCGAUCCGACAGUCGCCACAACGCCCAAAACCCGAUUUUUCUACAACGAAGAAAACUUUUGA